AUUCAGUAAGUCACUGUAUGAUAUCUGCUGUUUAAUUGUCAGUCCAGGUUAAUACCCAGUCAGUUCCAGAAUGGAAAAGGUCUUUCUUAGGUUGCCUGUACAAACAGCUUCUAAUGAGAGGAAAUGCAGAAUUUAAUCAUCUCUACAUUAGUUGCCUUGGUCACUUCCUUAAAUGGCUCUUCACUGUGCCCCAGCUAUCAUUUCAGGUUCUCUCCUUUGUAAUGCUGUGAUUAAAACAAAAUAUCUCUGGGUUUUCCUUUGUUUGCUUACUGGUUUUGAGGAGACUGACAGAGGAGGAAUAACACACUUCUUCCUGCUACCAUCAGGGAGUGCAGGUGGUGCAUGGGACCUCAUGGGUUUCAAGGAAAAUUGUAUCACCAAAGCACAUGCUUUAUUGUAUGAUCAAGUUGCCUUUGUGUCUAUUUAAUAAAAUUGCUUAAAAAAUUCUCCUUGAGAUGCUAGCAGUUUUAGUAGCAGGAUGCCUCUCCCAGGUUUUAGUAUGGACUUGUGUGGAUGAUUUAGUUACAUUUGUACAACACUGAACUAUACUUAGAACUGCUUUAGAGUUAGCUACUUUGUUUUUCUUGACCAUACACCUCAGUUCUAGAAGAAGCAAUGUUGUAUAAUUUUCCAAUCAGGAUCUUUCUAAGAUACUAUGAAGCAAAGGCAAAUUCUCUGCUGUUUCAGUAUAAAAAUCCAGUCUUUUUAGUGCCAAAAUCAAUUGAGAAUGUUGUUCUGGUUUUAGACUUGCUUUGCUGUGAAGGUACAUAAAGCUUGAGAUGCUUGGUUGAAUUUAUUUUUAGGUUUAAGUGUUUUCUGUGUUAAGGACUGUUAUAACACUGGUUGUUUCUUCUAUUUUAACCUGUUUUGUUUUUUUAUCCUGCUGAAGGUUAAAUACUGAUAACAUCCUGUGGAACAGAGCUUGAAUGUGGUUUUUUUUUUUUUUUUAUUAAACUCCAGGUUUUGGGGGCAUUUAUUAGAGCCAUUUAAUCUGAGGCCAAUUUAACUAGUAGCAGACUAACAAAAAUAAUAUUGUUGGGCUUCCUGCCAUGACAAAUGUUGACUUACCCUUAUAAAGUUGACUCAAAACUAAUAACCUUUAAAGUAUGGAAACCUUUAAGGCGUAUGGAAAUAUAGCCAGUUACAUGAAAUCUGAAACAGAGUGGUUCUGUUUGAGUUUACUGGCACUUCUUAUGAAUUAGGUUUGAAACAAAGGUUACUGUACUGUUUCAAUUUACAGUGUCUUCUGUUUAUUACACUGUUAACACUCUUGAGACUAAUUUAAGUUAAAACAUUUUUCCCUAAUGAAUGCUCCCAUAGCACAGAAUGAAUGCUCUGGAUGUCUGUUUGUCCUGAUCCACAUCAAAAAAGGAAAAAAGGUAACCAGCAUGUUUUUAUAAAAUGUUAAGCAAGGUAGCUAUCUUAAAUCCAAAAUUACUGGUGUAGAUGUCUUAGAACUUGCUGAACUCCAGUAAGCUGAGAUUCUAACGGGCAGUGGCAGUUUCAGCCACAUUAUGUGUGGGUUGAGAGAAGGUCAGUUGGCCUUUGAAGGUUAAAGGUGAACAGGAUAAAUUCUGCUGUUCUAAAAUGCUAAGUUUCUGUACCUUCUAUUUUCACAUAGCACAUAUUUUCUGGGCUGGUUAAAAACCUCUGUAAGUUCCUUUUGUUGAGUUUGGUUUUAAAUACAAUCAGAAAAAUCAACACAAUAUCCUGGUCACAGUAGUGCAGCAGACAUGAGAAUAAUGGCCCCUCAGGGAAACAUUUUCCCUUGUUUGUUGGAUUCAGCACCAGUCCUCUGACAUGGAGACUGUUGUUGAAGUUGCUGAUAAGAGAUGGGAGAGUCAGGUGGAAAAACAGUCAUAAUAGCAGCAGUGAACAUAAUUUGCUCUCCACUGGCAGGAAACCAGUGGCUAAGCCCUUGAGGAGCACAGAGUGGAAGAAUUUUGAAGUGAGGUACUGGAACAAAUGAAGAUCUUUUAUAUGGCACCUAGACUACUAUUCAGCAUGUCUUAUCCAGGUCAUUGGUUCUGAUGUUCUUAGGGCAAUAUGGAGGGAAUCUGGCCUCAUUCUUUUUGUUUCCUUUCUUUCUGUUUGUUAGGAAAUGAAAAGCAGUCUUUUGCUAGAGUAAUUUAUCCACCAAAGUGUGAUAAUUAAGCUGUGGGUGGUCUUGAAAGAUAAUGUAUCAAAAACUGAUUGAUACAGUUAAAUGGGUUUAACUCACUCUAUUUUGAACUUCGUGAAUAUUCCAUUCUUUACAUAUACUAGUAAAAUAAUGUGGGGGUUUUUUUAAUUUUGCUGAUGAAGAGCACCAAAGUAUUACCUUCUUCCCCUAAAUAGCCUUCUAGAAGCUUUCAUAUCUGUGUAGUGUGUUCUUGGGUACAAUAUAACCUAUUAUAAGGUGCCAGUUUCACUAAUGAAAAACCAGAAAUAGCAUGAACUUAGCUGUCAGUGCAUUGCAGCUAAUGUAAGUGCCUAAUUCUUCACAGGAUCUUCUGCUUUAACACACUUCCAUGGCUGUUUGAAUGCUGAGCUUGCCCUGGGAGCAGGUGCUUUGUGCCUAUAUUCAGGCUUUUAAAUGGUGAUCUGCGUUUGGGUCUGUGCAUCAGACCCAAAAUAAUGAUACAAAAGUUACCUUUUUGUCAGGCUGUUGUCAUUUUGAAAUGACCGUAUUACAGGUUAGAAAGCAAGAUGUCACUCAGUUCUGCCAGGCAAAAAGACUUAAAUUUUACUGCAAAGGGAGCUGGCAGCUGUUAGUCUUGUCAGUGUGGCUUCCCACUGAUGCUGUAGUUGGAGCUGCAUUUUUCUGCUGUCCCACAGCAGAAGGGUCAUUUUUUGAGUUACAUAUUAAUAAAGCCUUCCUUGCUUACUCUGUAGUCUAAACCAUUGGAUUAGAGGUUAAUAUACAGAAGAUACUGGAGGUACAAUUGUACCUAUACAUAAAGAGUAAAUAAGAAUGAAAAAGUAAUUGGAAGCACUGUGUCCUUCAUGCUAAUUUGGAGGCAUGGCAUCUUUGAAACUUCCUGUCUGAUGGUUUCCCAUCUUAAAUUGAUGAUAAUUACUGACUAUGCUGUGGUGAUUAGUCUUUCUUCCUACUAAUUCUCUAGAAAAGUAUAUUAGAGAAAUGUACUAAGAAAGACAUAGUAGAUGUUUGAAAUAUCCAUUGUCUGGUUUUCAGAACUAUCUCUAUUUUGGACACAGAUUUAAUUCUUUUAUCAGUUUGUUCACAGUUUCAAGUUCUUUCUGAAUCUGCAUGUAUUCAUGGUGUUAUUUGUUUGCAGGUUAAAUUUUUUUCUCUCUGAAUUCAAAUGUUACCAAAGUCAUCUUGAGUUCAAAUAUACAGCUCCCUCCAAAAGCCAUCUGCUCAUUGUUCUAGCCUAGUCAGGUAUUAAUUUGACUUCACUUGACUGUUUAGCCUUUGAAGUUCCUGCACUCAUGUUUCCCUCAGCUUUAUUUAGCCUUAUAUCAAAUUUAAAGCCCUGUCAGAUUAAUGUUACUUGUUCACAUAUACCAGCUCCACAUUUUAGAAACUCUGCCAAACUGUAGUCUGGGUCUUUUUUUUAAACUUACUUCCCGUAUUGCUUUGGCAAGCCUUCAUAACUCUGAAAAUACAGUCUAACAUGCAAUAAUUUCAAAACUCUGAUUUUUUUUUUUUUUAAAAUACCAAUCAUAAUGGCUUUAAAAGGUCAGGCAGCACAUUGUAACUCCUGAAUUUUUUUGUCAUAACUUGGCCUGGUUCCCAGUCUGGACAGGUGAUGGUUGUUGCAAAUGAAUGCAGCCUCUAAAUCCUCUCUGAGUUCCCUGAGCAGUGACGGGGGGAGGCAGGAGGAGAGGAGGAGCGGUGACUUUGGCAGCUCUGACUCUUCUGUGCACACUCAGAGUACAGGCCUGGAGUCUGACAUGUGUUCUGCCAGUGCAUGCUGUGCAUGGAGCCCCCUCAUGCUGGGCACACACAGUUCAAGAGUCAUACACCAAAGGAUUUUAUGGCUGUGGGACUCCUGGUUAACUGGAAAAUUGGAGAGUUUUCAGAGACAAAUUAGUGAAAUAAUGAACAUAUUCACUAAUGUGCAAGUGCAGAUUCUGGUCAGUAUCUCUGGUUAAAGCAGGACAGUUCACACAGUCUCCUCUUUCCAUUUGUUUUGUUGGCUGUGAGGAACAGAGUCCUUGAUGAGAAAAACACCCACCUGUUCAGAACUUGCCCUUGACUGUAGAAUUUUUCCCUGACCAGAUUGUUGGUCUCAGUAGUUUGUUCAGCUUCUCUGCAAUGCUGGUUUGGAGAGGUGACACAGCUUGAGAAUGAGGGUGCUGAUGAAAGGAGAGGCAGAGGCAGAAUGGAUGCAGACAGUACAGCAGAAAUCCUGUCAUCAAAUGUGCAGCAAUUUCAAUAUUACUGUAUGACAGUUUUGGAAUUGCUCUGGUAAUUUUAUAUUUUGAUUGCAUAGUCAGAGCCUUAUUUGUACAAACUCCAUUUUUCUACUGUAGAAAGGGUGACUCAGUACUGAUGGCUUUUGUUGUGAGACUUCUCUGAAUAAAAUGACACCUGGAACACUUAAGAUUUGAUGAGUUUUCAUUCCUAGCUCAGUAUCUUAACCUACCACUCAGUUUCUAAUAAAGGGGAGAAUCAUGUUGGGAGUAUUCAGAAAUGCUUUUCUUAUACUUAAGAACUUAUGAUUAACAAGAUUUUCUUUGAGCUGAUUGGUAAAGGUGUAAAGUCUCAGGCUUCUGAAGUUAUCGGAAGCAAUGUUAUUUGAGAGAAUCCUGUAAUAAUGCUGAUUCAUUUCCAUAAAAUUGAAUUCUAAAUUCAGACUGCAUAUUUAACUGUUCUGAAUUCUGGUCAGAAUUUUCCAUGUGAAAUCUUGGAACAUGAUAGAUUGCAGGAAGAGCUCAAGGUGGGGUGCUGAUACAGACGGGCAGGACUGCAGUUAUCUGACCUGGCUUUGUCUGCUGGGAGAACAGCCAGCCUCUAGUGGCUCACAGCAAGAGGUUCCAGAAGAUCUUAAUGAUGUUUGAUGGUGGCUGAAACUCUGCUUGGGGAUCAUCUUCUAAACCAGUUGCUGUUUUCAGUGAGGUUUUGCAUCACGAACAUUAGUAAAAAUUAUACUGCCUUAGCACUUUUCUCCUUGAAAUGGAUGGGGGCAAUGGAUACCAGAAGGGGUACAGCAUAAAGGAGUAAUAAUUUCUAUUCAUCCUAAUCCUCUUCUUCCUAUCUCCUGGAAAGUCUACAAUGUUAAUUUCCAGGUUUUGCUUUUGGGCUGGGGUACUGGUGCCUGAGUGCCCUGUGCUGCUGAGGCAGAGCUGCUGGCACAAGCUGUGCUGCUGGCAUGGCACUGCCCGCCCGGCCGGGGCUGCGUGUCCUUACACUGCAGUGCAGCACCAUUCCUGACCAGCUGGCACUGCCAUGGGCCGUGCUCUGGGCACCAGCACUCAGAAUAAUCAGAAACCAGAAACAGCUCAUGCUUGUGCCACCAAUUAGAGAAGAAUUGCACUGGAAUCUCAAGGAUUUUUCCUUUUUUUGGGGGAGUGGAGGAGGGGGUGGGACGCUGCUGCUCGAGAUAAGUACCAGAGUGGUGCUGCAGUGACGUAAAAAAUGCUCCUUCUGAAACCUGCCUCAAAGACAUGGUUGCUGAAAAGGAAGGGUUAUGAAUAACAGUGCAGUGAUGAAGAUAAGGAUUUAACUUGCUUUAGACUGUUACAGUUCCUUAAUGCCAGGUGUCAUGUAUGAUGGAAUACAUUAUUUUUGCAAGAGGGUUAAACACUGUCACUCAUCUCAGCUGGCUUUUAUGGAUUUCCAGGUCUGCCUGCUGAGAAGUAAAUUAAAUAUGUAGCUGCUUCUCACCUUUCCUCUGUUGCUUCACUAAUGGAAGAGAAUUUUUCAUGCCAGUAAUACAGAUGGUGAUCAUUGCUGCUGAGAUUUAUUAUUAUUGGGUAUCAAGAAGAAUGACAAAUUGCAUUAUUUCCAGAAGGAUUUGUUUCUGAAGAAAAGGAUAAUCGGCAUGCUUCAUUUUUCUUAAAACUACGUCCAGACAAUUGGAGGCAUAGCAAACCUACACAAACUUUAUAAGCAUGGCUGAAAAAGAGAGAUGAACUGCUUUAGGAUGUCCUUGAAAUAUGGUGCUGGCUGGGGUUUUUAACUUCAUUUGGAAGGAGCCCAGUAACAAACGGGUCAAGCCUCUUUCCAGAGUCACAUCCCUGGCCAGCCUCAUCCCUCCUGUGCGAGCCACUCCGCUGAAACGCUUCAGCCAGACCCUGCAGCGGUCCAUAAGUUUCCGCAGCGAGAGUCGCCCCGACCUGCUCAGCCCACGGCCAUGGUCUCGAAAUGUGCCCCCUGCUACCACAAAGAGGAGAGACAGCAAACUGUGGAGUGAGACCUUUGAUGUCUGUGUCAAUCACAUGCUCACAUCCAAGGAAAUCAAGCGGCAAGAGGCUAUAUUUGAACUUUCCCAGGGAGAAGAAGACUUGAUAGAAGACCUGAAGUUGGCAAAAAAGGCUUAUCAUGACCCAAUGCUUAAGCUUUCCAUAAUGACAGAGCAAGAGUUGAACCAAAUUUUUGGAACACUGGACUCUCUAAUUCCUCUGCAUGAAGAUCUUCUUAGGCGACUUCAAGAAGUCAGGAAACCUGAUGGAUCAACAGAUUGUGUUGGCCACAUCCUCGUGGGCUGGCUUCCAUGCCUAAACUCCUACGACAGCUACUGCAGCAAUCAAGUAGCAGCUAAAGCUUUAUUGGAUCACAAGAAACAAGAUCACAGAGUGCAAGAUUUCCUGCAGCGCUGCCUGGAGUCUCCUUUUAGCCGCAAGCUGGACCUGUGGAAUUUCCUUGACAUUCCCAGAAGCCGUUUGGUUAAAUACCCACUACUGCUCAGAGAAAUUUUAAGACACACACCAAAUGAUCAUCCAGAUCAACAGCAUCUGGAAGAAGCUAUAAAUAUAAUUCAGGGCAUUGUGGCUGAAAUCAACAUAAAGACUGGUGAAUCUGAAUGCCAGUAUUACAAAGAGAGACUUAUUUAUCUUGAAGAAGGCCAAAGGGAUUCAUUGAUUGAUAAUUCACGUGCUGUGUGUUGUCAUGGGGAACUGAAGAACAAUAGGGGAGUGAAACUGCAUGUCUUCCUCUUUGAAGAGGUGCUGGUGAUCACUCGGGCUGUGACCCACAAUGACCAUCUCUGCUACCAGCUGUACCGGCAGCCAAUUCCCGUCAGGGAGCUGGUGCUGGAGGACCUGCAGGAUGGAGAGGUGCGCCUGGGAGGAUCCAUACGUGGAGCCUUCAGCAACAAUGAGAGAAUCAAAAACUUCUUUAGAGUCAGCUUCCAGAACGGAUCCCAAAGCCAGACUCACUCUCUCCAAGCCAAUGACUCCUUCAACAAGCAGCAGUGGCUAAACUGCAUCCGCCAGGCCAAGGAAAAGGCUGCGUGUGCAGGCAAGGCUGGUGGGCUGGAAGCACAUUUCCUUGUGUCACCCAAUGGACGCAGAGUGCCCCAGGGAGAGGCUGCCCUGGAGCAGAUGGAGCAGUCGGACUGUGAGUCAGACUGUAGCAUGGACACCAGCGAGCUCAGCGCCGACUGCGAGCGCAUGGAGCAGACGAACUCUUGUGAGAGCGAAAAGCAAAUAGAAACCAAUGUUUGACAAAAGCUUACAGUUCCUGGAAGAAAAUCUGUCUCUUACCUGUACAGUAUUUGCAUUCCAUACAUGGAACCAUUUGGAGAAGCACUUUUAGAAUAUUUUUUGUGACAAUGUCAAUGCAGUUCUUGUAUUAUUAAUACCUGUGAGUGUCGUACUGUAACUGCCCAUCUGUAUAAGCUGGAAUCUCUUGCGACUCAUGUCCUGUGAUUAUAUUCCAUGAACACCCAAGUUGGAUGAAAGAGGUACUUGACCAGUUAUUCUCAAUGUCCUGCUGUAAACAGAAUUUCUGAACUACUAUUUAUAUAUGCAUUACAUAAAUAACCUUUUCCUUAUAUUUAAGUAUUUAAUUUGCCCUUUAAAGGGGCAGCUGAAGAUGUGGACUUAAUAUGGAAUUUCAGGAUGGGUAUCAAGAUAAUAAGUUUUCUUAAAGGCAUGGAAAGAAAAAGUAGUUUCUUGGAACAGGAAAGAAAACUAUCUUGUAAUAACCUAUCCAAACUCCUGUGGUAUUAAAUCAGCAAGAACUAUAAACAGCGGGCCUUGGAACCAGGGACUCUUUAGGGAUUUGUUUUUCAAAAUGAAGCACUGUCCUAAGAUCCAGCAGCCAAACUUACUAAAAUAUGGACAUUUCAAAUGGUCAGCAUAGUAAGAUGGCUUAUUUUUCAAAGCAUGUAAUGCUAAAAAUAAUCAACUGAAAAGACCACAACCAAACCUUUACAGCCAGCACUGAAUUAAAUGAAAUGCUGAGAAUACUGGAUGUUUGUAAAUAAGCUGGUAAUUUGCUUUCAGUGCCAUAUAUAUAUAUAUAUAUUAUAAUAUAUAUAUAUUAUCCCAAACAGUAAGAAUGGAAAGGAGCUUUUGCUUGUGAAUAGGCCCUCUUCAGCAUUUUGCACUCCACUGACCUCCACUGUUGGUUUUAAGCACCACUAAUGUUAAAACUUUUAAUUUUCUGUAAAUGUCUGUUUACAAUUACAUGUAGUUGGUUUUUAAAACUAAGUGAUGAUUUUAUAUAAAUGGUGCUCUACAAAUACCCUGUGGGAUUAUGUAGAGAGAGUUUAAACAAAAAGGGAAUUGUUUGUCCUUUAGGAUGUAUUACAUCCUUUUUACUUUCCUCAAGUUUUGUUUUAAAAGUUUUUGUUGCAUUUAAUUUCAUACUGCAAUUGGAAAUGCUACUGUGUUUUCUGGUGGCUGAUUUAACCUACUCAUAAUGAUGAGAAGCAGAUGAGUCACUUAAAUGCAGUCUAAAACACAUAGUUGAACAUCCUGUUAUUUUUCAGGAAUCCCUGGGUAGUAUUUUAUUUCUUACUGUAAGAAAGAAUGCCAGUGGUGUUUGGUAAGCUAUGAAAAUGAUAUAUUACAAAUUUUAAAUGAUUCUUGGUAUUACACAAGAUAACCUGUGCAAAGUACUUGUAACAACAAAAGUAGAAAAACUGCUAAGUUAUUGCCAAAAAUAAUUUUUCUUGUGUUCUACAAGUUUACAUAAAAUUUACUAAGUAUCUUACAUAUAUAUAUGCUCAUGUGCAUUACAGAAAUCAGUGUGACAAGAUGAUAAACAAUAUAAAACAAGGUAUUUUUAUUUUUUAAAAAAAUGGCAUUUUUACCCUAUAGAACGUAUUUCUGUAUUUAUAGUUUUUAAAAAAAAAAAUCAAUUUUCUUUUCUGUUUCAGGCAUUGUAAUUUAUUUCAACUGCUUCAUUUUUAGAGCUGAAAGAAUAUACCAGUGAAGAUGAAAGGAAAAAUCUGCAAAGAAAAGGCAUAGGGAAGUUGUUCAGCAAAAAUGUUGAAAAAAAGAGCAAAAAGCAUGUAAAAUGUUCAGAUAGAGAAGAAGGAAUGAAUGAAUGUGUAUUGACUUUUUUUUUUUUUUUUUAAAUAAUGGCCUUGAACUUUUCUGGAAGCAUUUCAAAUAAAUUACAUUAAACCA